CAUGAACGGGCCUUUUUUUUCUUGCUGCGUCUCUCAGGGCGCGCGACUGGAGUGGAGCUGCUGCGCUGGCAUCUGGCUCGCGGUACAUCCAACAGCCUCCCGAGCGCGUCACGUGAGCAUGAGGGGGGAAAGAACACUCAGUUAAAAUAUGUGAGCUUUCCAAAAAAGCAGCACUCUUCGUCCUAGGGGGAAUAAGCCCCACAUGCUACAUUUUGUGGCAAGCAAGUUUUAUAAAAGAUGUUCAGGUAGACCCCGUGUUUCAUUUUGCAACUUUCUAGAAGUUUGUGGACAUCCACUGUCUGGACUGCAGAUUUAAUAUCGAAACCAGAUGUUGGGUCUUGGCAGUUGGGUUCUGUAAUUACGUGACGUUCACCGAUAGCGGCGGAGGGACGUAUAGAGUGCCGAGGACUCGUAUAGCCUACUGGAGGGAGGUGUGUCGCUUUCGAGGACUUGCGAAGACAACAUACCUACAACACAAUAUACAGCUGGACAAACAUUUCUAUCAGAGAGAUGUGCCAUACAGAUCUACACCAAGCAUGCAGUGCUGUGUUUACGUCUCCGAGCCUGGUGACUAAAGCCAGGAGAAAUGUCUCGCUCAUGAUCCAUUAGAUUACAGGACUUCAGGGAGUUUUCUUAGGAUCCCUGGAGUUGCGGCGUGCCGGUCUGGGUCCCGUCGUGAAUGGCAAUUAUCCCAGAAGGGAACACUAAGUACUCUUUCAGACUACAGCUAAUGGAGCUCUAUCUACAGCACACAGCACACUGACUUAACCUGGCCUGUGGCCUGUGUUGUGUUGUGCUGUGUUGUGCCGGGGAGGGGGAGAGCGCUCCAUGUUGUGAUAGCAGAUAAAAGCCUUCUCCUGUGCUGAUCCGUCUGCGAGUGAGUGGGCCACGAUGAGAAGGAUUCACCUGAAGGGAGAUGUAGUGUGCACCCUGCUUCUGAUGGUGGCGCUGUGCCUGCUGCUGUACGCCCACAGCAGCCUCACUCCCUUCUGGGAGAGCUGGCAGCUGGACCAGGGCGCCCCCAGCUCGCGUUCCCUCCUGGGGGCCCCCGCGGGGGACAGCCAGGACUCCGGGCCUCCCUUGGCCCUCCUGGCAAGACCCUCCGAGCUGCCACGCUGCAGGCAGGACCCGGAGGCGCCAGCCAGACCGGCGUCCCAGAUACAGGCCAAAGCCAAGGCAGCGGCCAAAUCCAAAGCACAUGGGAAAGCCAAAGCCCAGGGCGCCAAAGCUAAGUCCAAGAGCGUGGUGAGGAAAGUCCUGCCCACCAAGGCGGCCACGGUGGCAUCAGGCCCCACGCUGGCCCCGUUCGACUUCGAGGACUACCUCCGCAAGAAGGACAACCGCGACUUCCGCAUGAUGAUCGACCAGCCGGACAAGUGCGCCCCGGGCCCCGAGGGCACGCCGCCCUACAUGCUCAUCGUCAUCAAGUCGGUGGCGGCCGACUUCGACAAGAGGCAGGUGGUGCGUCGCACCUGGGGCCGCGAGGGCGAGAUCCAGCCGGGCAUCGACGUCAGGACAGUCUUCCUGCUGGGCGUGCCCAAGAACGCCACCCAGCUGCCCCUGUGGGACCGGCUGCUGGCCUACGAGAGCGAGACCUUCAAGGACAUCCUGCUGUGGGAUUUUGAGGACACCUUCUUCAAUCUGACCCUGAAGGAGACGCACUUCCUGCAGUGGGUGAACCGUAGCUGUGCCGACGUCAAGUUCAUCUUCAAGGGCGACGCGGACGUGUACGUGAACGUGGAGAACAUUCUGGAGAUGCUGCGCAGCGUGGACGAGCACCGCGACCUCUUCGUAGGCGACAUCAUCGUGCGGGCGCGGCCCAUCCGCCGGCGCAGCAGCAAGUACUUCGUGCCCGAGUUUGUGUACGGCCAGGGCGUGUACCCGUCCUACGCGGGCGGCGGCGGCUUCGUGAUGUCGGGCCACACGGCGCUGCGUCUGAACCGCGCCUGCCAGGAGGUGGAGCUGUUCCCCAUCGACGACGUCUUCCUGGGCAUGUGCCUACAGCGCAUCGGCCUGGCGCCCACGCGCCACGAGGGCUUCCGCACCUUUGGCAUCGUCAAGUCGUCGGCCGCGCCGCACCUGCAGGUGUUCGACCCCUGCUUCUACCGCGAGCUCAUGGUGGUGCACAGCCUCACCGUGCCGCAGAUCUGGCUCAUGUACAACCUACUGCACGACCCCCACCUGACCUGCCACUCCAAGCGGACGCCCACCCCCUGGCCCUUCAGGUGGAGGGACAAGUCGGCCCGCCCCACCACCCAGCCCGGCCCGGGGGGGGAGCCGGACUACGGGGAUAAGAAAGUGUUUGUUGUGAAGCAUUGAUGUUUUGUAACACUCACACAUGGCGUAUACUGUGAAUGGGUUCAUACAAUAGGUUAAGAAACAGUGUUUGGGGCAUUUUGGCCUUUAUUGAGAGGACAGUUGAAGAUGGAGACGACAGGAAAUGAGUAGGAGAGAGAGAGAUGGGGAAGUGUCGGGUAAUAAUCUGGGGAUGGAAUCGAACUCGGGUCCCCGGCGUACUGCUGCACUUGUCCACUGAGCCAUGUUGUCACCCACAAUAGCACACCAUUUAAAAGAACAUUUCGUAUAGACUGUUUGGACUAUCAACAUUUCUCCCUCAAGAUUAACGAUGUUUUAAUAGACUUUAAAAAUGUGCUGAUUUUUGCACAAUAGUCCAAUGGUGUUGAGCUAUGAGUCUCAGUAAAGUGGACUUGUUUUGUGAACUCAUCCCACAUGAGACAAAUGAAGGGUUUGCCACAUGUGGCCAUUUUAAGCCCCAAACAAGAUGGUGGCAGGACCUUCCUCUUGAGGGUCUGAGGGGGCCAUGUGUCUCCAAGUGAACGGUACAGGACUAUGCAGUAGAGAAUGUCUAUGUACGGGACACUCUUGUCUAAGGUAUCGAAAGAGCUUUUUUUUUAAAAGGACUCUGUGAUAAGGACUAUUUGGUUUUGCAAAAACGAACCUCAUGAACCUGAUUUACUUUGUUUGCACAUACUCAGACUUUUGGAAACACUUGAAGGUGCUAGUGCCCCUGAAAAAACAGAUUUUUGAAAGAUUGUUUUGUAUUGUAUCCUGACACCUGUGAACAAUAGUAUCACAAGAAGUUGUCUCGUCAAGUCGAAUGUUUUGAGUUCCAUUGUGUAAAAUGCAGACAUGGAGAGCUGAGGCAAUAGUCUCUUGCUAAGAAUGUAACGAAACUCACACGCGGGGCCGGAUUAACGCACAGGCUAGCUAGAUAAUGGCUGCAGCCUAGGGACCUCCACCUGCCAAGGGGCCCCCAGUUAGCCAAAGGGGGACAAGAUCAACAUACGUAAUUGGUGAAAUGUGACAAGAUGCGGUUUUGCUAACUUAUCCUGCCUUGUCAUGUAGUUUUAAAUCUUAUUAGUAAUCCUCUUGGUUUGGAAUGAUGACGCCGUCCGUUAUUUUGUUAAGAAAUUUGUCUUCCGUUGGGGCCUACAGGAACCUGUAGCCUAGGGCCCCGGGCCUUCUUUAAUCUAGCCCUGCUCACACGUACCCAAAACACACCCACACUACAGACACACCAACCUGCUGUUAAUGUUGACCCUUGGAAAUGUAUCUGUAUUUUCUCUGAACAGUCUGCUGUAUGUCAUUUCUAUGGACACUAGAGAUAUUUUUCAAUUUAAAGUAUAUAAAAAAAGGAAACACUGAAAAGUUUUUUUAGAGAGAAAAAAGAGACACAUGCAUGUAAAACUUCAAAAACAUGAAAAAAUACAAAAGAUACAAGCUCCGAUUUCUUUCUUUUAGUAUUUAUUUCAUCUGAGUUUUUUUUUUUUUACGGUGUAACCCACCGCAACACAACUCUUUAAAUGACCCAAAAUGCAAAACAUUUAGCAGUUUAUUGAAUUGCAAAAAAACGUGGAGCUAAACGGCCAACACACUAGGCCAGUUCCACCAAUCGGAGCAUUCAUUUCAUUUCUGCAUCAUCAUUUCAGAAGCGGAGAGCAAAGCUUGCUUUAUUCCUCUUGUUUUGUUUUGUUUCAGCAGGCCAUGUCAGAAUCAUCAUUCACAGCCAUUCUUUAUUGCUUUUUGUCAUCAUGCCUGUUAAAAUGUUUGAUUUCCCACCUAUGUGUCCAACAGGGUAUAUCUACACAAGGUAAAAACAUCUCAAAUAUAAAACACCACAUUCCAAUACAUUUUUUCACAAUUUUUAAUUAAGGAUAAUCCCAUUUCCAGAAAUGGGUCCAAUAUACUGAACUCACGCAGAAAAAUAAUUAAUUUUCAGGAUGGACAGGGCGGGGCGGGGUGGGGGUCGGAGCAAUAGGAACAUACAAUAUAUAUACGAGAAAGGGGGGUGGGGUGGGGGGGUUACAAUACAUAGCAUUAAUAUGCGGCAUGACACUGACCUGAAGUUCUCCAGAACUAGUUACAAUCUCAAGAACAAAUCAUUCAUUCCAAUGCAAAAAAAUCCCCAACUCUAAAACAAAAAAAGCACACACACACAUACAACUUUCAGAGAAGGAAAAAUGACUUACGCCUGAACCCCUUUAUAAAGCAAUUUGCUCUGCUUCAGGUGUUAUGAUAACAAAAAUAAUUAAGUCUGUUAAAAUCCAGGCACUCUCUCUUCCUGUAGCUCCACAAACAGGAUAGCACAACAACAUUCCUUCUCUUAAACAUCGCCACGUAAAUGGUCACAAUGUUUUUGAUCAGAUCAAACAACAGUUUUGUCUGAGGUGUACAGAUAGUUCAUCUUACAAAUGCUGCAAAACUCCAGUCUUUGGGAGAAAUGAUUUGUUAGAAUCCAACAAAACACAACAGCAGUAUGUGAAUCUCAGGUCAUCAUCAACGAGCUGGCGUGAAGAUAGACUUGUAGAUUUGUAAGAAAAAGGCAGAGAUUCAGACGACCCCGAUGACCACACAAGGUACCCCCCCUCCCACCCCUCAGAAGUGCCCAGCACUAAAGACACUUACAGCCUACAAAGUCAUUGAAUUAUCCAAUGCCAAAGUUGGAUAACUGCAGAUUAACACAUUUCCUGAACAACAUUUCCUCAUGACAAGAGUCCAGGACCUCUGUCAAAUACCCCAAAGAUCUCUUUCAUACUCCAAAAGGGUUUUUUGUGUAAUUUUUAUAUAUUUUCCCCCCCAUUUGUUUAUUUUGGAGCAAGGGGACCAUGACAGGGUAACAAAAUCCAUCCCAUUGGUUUCACAUGCUCAGCUCAGCCAGACACAAUGCAGCUUGAAAAGGUUUCAUUUGAUCUUUAUACAGAGAAGAGAGGCUUGGUAGAAGAAGAUGAGGCACAGUUUACAGCGGCACGCUAAAGUUUCCCCACAUUUUCUCCUUUCAACUGUUUAUUCAUGAAGUAAACUGAAACGAGGGGCCAAAAUAAAAUAGAAACAAACAGAGAGAGAGAGAGAGAGAGAGAGAGAGAGAGAGAGAGAGAGAGAGAGAGAGAGAGAGAGAGAGAGAGA